UGCGGAACGUCAGUGCGCGAGCGCGGUGGCACCGUGGCCGCGGAUGCGCGCGAGUGCGGACUUGGAGCGCGUCGCGGGCCCAGAAGGCUGGAGACCGUUCGCCCUUUCUGUCCUUGUUCUUUUGCGAAUUUCCGGGCUUCCCUGCUCUUCCAAGAAUCAUUCUUGAGUGGGGCCUGGGAGCCGGCGAACGGUCCACGAUGAGCUGUAAGGCAAAGAGUCUGCUGGAGGCGAUAAAGUUCUCAGGCAAGGCUCUCGGUUUUGACAGAAGUUUGGAAAAGGUGACUGUUGUUUCUGCUGUCCCUGGGAAAGUGAUUUGUGAAGUGAAAGUAGAAGAGCAGCAUACCAAUAAAAUGGGCACCCUCCAUGGUGGCAUGACAGCCACCUUAGUGGAUGUCGUAUCAACAUAUGCUCUGCUGUGCACAGAAAGGGGAGCACCCGGAGUCAGUGUCGACAUGAACAUAACGUACAUGUCACCUGCUAAAAUGGGAGAAGAUAUAGUGAUUACAGCACAUGUUCUGAAGCAAGGAAAAACACUUGCAUUUCUUUCUGUGGAUCUGACGAACAAGGCCACGGGAAAAUUAAUAGCACAAGGCAGACACACAAAACACCUGGGAAACUGAGAACAGCAGGGUGACCUAAAGAAACUCAACAAUGAAUGUCCAGAGUAAAUCUGACUUGAACAAAUAUAAUUUUCAAAAUAAAUUAGCACAACCAUUAGUGGUUAAGAAAUAUUUUCUUUGGGAAAAAUGCCAUAGAGAUCAAGCGGAAUAUAAGAUAGAGUUGUCUAUAUUCUAAGCCUCUUUAGUUUUAGUUUAUAAUCAUACAUGAUACUUGGAUGAAGACAUUCUUAGCUCAAAGUGUUUUGAAAACAGGUAAAGUAAAGCUAGCAGGGCCAUUCUGAGAUAAGAUUACCUUGAAACUAAAAUUCAAUAUUAAGAUAAAGGCGAAAUACAAAUUAACGAUUAAUCCUUAACAAAUUAUAGGUCCUUCUCAGCUCUACAAUGUUACAUUUUUUUAACCCAAUUUCAAGAUUAUGGAACUUCAAAAUAGAUGAACCAUAGGCCACAUUGGAAAAUAAAAUAGACUGAGUAGUCCUCAACAAAGUUAAGCACAUUAGUGAUAAAUAGUCCAGUGGGUGCACUGCUUUUCUCUGAUUGAGAAUUUAUUACAGGAUUGGCAUAUUUUAUAGUGGUGGGAGGAGCAUACUAUUAGCCCCUUUUCUCAUACCUAGGAUAAAACCAUGCAGAUCCUGAAUCUCCCAAUCUGCAGUACUGGAAAGACCAAAUUCACCAGUUGUUUAGUCCAUUUCUCGAAGUUCUACUGACUAUGGCAUUCAUAGUAGUUGGUUUCUGCCAUCAGGGGGUCUUAGUUAACAUUUCAUGACUGAAGAUCAUAAAGUUCCAAAGCAACUUUGGAAACUGGAAACACAGUCAACAGUUAAAGGUUGAUUAUCCUUUGGUUGUAUUAUUAGAAUACAUGCUUAUCUGUCUGCUGAAAGGACAGAAGCUGACUUGAUAGUAGCAGUGAGCAGAGGAAACCCAAUCUAGUAUUUCCCACUAAAAGUAACUUGGGCUCCUUGGAGAAAUACCUGAUUUCAGAGCUGGGGGCUGAGAUAGGGAAAUUACAAGAUGAACAUAUCUUGUGCUUUGAAAGUAAGGAAGUGCUCAAGAAAAUGAUGAGAGGCAUGAAAAUUAUACAGCAUUGAAAAGGGAGUCCAUACUGUUUAGGUAAUAAUAUUGAAUAAACAGCAGAGACAGGAGAGCUCUUCCUUGUAACAGAAUGCUGGUAAAUGUGGAGGAGUAGAUAUAAAAUAAUAACUAUAAAAUGGGGAAAUAGGACAUCACGUUGACCAAUUAAAAUGAAAAUCAACAGUGUACUCUGACAGUGUGUUUCUGGAUAUUAACUUUAGGGGGCAUAAGGUACUUACAUUGGGCAUUGGCCACGUUACAUAAUCCAAAUCUAACCAUGAAGGAACAUCACUCAAAUGUAAAAUAAGGACACUCUGUGUUUUAAAAAAUUGGCCUGUACUCUUCAAAACUGUCAAGGUCAUUAAACAAAAGCUGAGGAACUGUUCAAGAUUAAAAGGAGACUAGAAACAUGACAACUGAAUGCAAUGAUCCUGUACUAACUAUAGGGAGAUUUAAAAAAAACCACAUAAUCGAAGAUAGGAGGACAAUCAACAAAACUGAAAUAUGGAUGGUAAAUUAAAGCAUAUCAUCAUUACAUUUGAGUUUGAUAAUUUUACUGUGGGAGUAAGAAUAUCCUUGUACUUGGGAUAUAUGGAGUACCGAGGGGGAAGGGAUCAAACUCCCAACGAUUCAGAAAACAUAUAAAUAUAUGGAGAAAGACAAGAUGUCAAGAGUCACUUUGUGGGUGAAGUUUCUACAGGAGCUUUCUGUAUUACUUUUAACUUUCCCAAUUAAAAUUAUUCUAAAAUAAAAACUUUAACUCUACAGAGCCAGACAGCCAGGUUUUAAAUCCUCCCCUACUCACAAUGUGUGGGCAAGUCCCUAAACCUCUGCAUCUAGAUCCCCUCAGGGCUGUUAGGUUAAGAUAAGAACUUAGAACAGUACCCAGCCAUGAGAAAGUGUUAAUUUCAAAUAGAUUCUAAUUUUAAAUUGAUCAGAAAACAUGUGAAAAAUUAUUCUGAAAUUAAUAUUUCUUUUCCAUCAAGCCAGGCAUAAGGCCAGGAUGAUAAUUGUUAAAAGCUGACAAAAUGUCCUCGAUUCCCAUACCUGUUGAAAUUAUAAACCCAACUUCUCUU